UUCUAUAUUAAUAGAUGAUGCGCUGAAAGACUGUCGCUUACCUUGCAAUGUACUCCUCCAUCUCCAUCUCUCCCAGACAUGAUCUGUGAUUGAUCGCCAUUCGCCACCUUCCACUGCCGCAUACCCCAACCACUCUGUGCUCAUAUGCAUUAUCCCAAUACCAUUAACACCGCCCUACAACCACCAUUCCCCACACCAAACUCAACUCACCAAACAAUCCAAUGGUGGAAACGGUCGGGCAGCCCAACGCCGUCCACCACCGCUCUUGGAUCCCCUCCGCCGUCACUUUCCUCUCCACCCACAAGACCCUCAUCACCUUUUUCUGGAUGGUCUUCUUCUUCACCCUCUUUUACUGGCAGCGGGACACCACGCCCGCCGCCGCCGCUGUCUUCAUUUUCCGUCGGCCAUUUCCGCUUCCACGCGAGCUCCCGAAGCUCCGACCUUCGGUGUAUAACCUUACCGACUUUGGAGGGGUGGGGGACGGGGUGACGCUCAACACGGCGGCGUUUGAGGGGGCGGUGAGGGCGAUCUCGAAGCUCGGGAGAAGCGGCGGCGGCCAGCUCAAUGUGCCGCCAGGGAACUGGCUGACGGCUCCUUUCAAUCUCACCAGUCAUAUGACUCUCUUUCUCGCUGAAGGUGCUGUUAUUCUUGGAAUUGAUGAUGAGAAGUACUGGCCUCUAAUGCCUCCACUGCCUUCUUAUGGAUAUGGAAGAGAGCAUCCAGGACCAAGAUAUGGAAGUUUAAUCCAUGGACAAAAUCUCAGAGAUGUUGUAAUUACAGGGCAUAAUGGCACCAUUAAUGGCCAGGGUCAAACAUGGUGGAAAAAGUAUCGCCGGAAGCUUCUUAAUCAUACCAGAGGACCACUUGUGCAGAUUAUGUGGUCCACUGAUAUUUUGAUAUCUAAUAUAACGUUACGCGAUUCUCCUUUCUGGACUCUUCAUCCAUAUGACUGCAAGAAUGUGACUAUAAAUAAUGUGACAAUCCUGGCACCCAUCUUUGAAGCUCCAAAUACUGAUGGCAUAGAUCCUGAUUCAUGUGAAGAUAUGGUUAUUGAGAACUGUUACAUUAGUGUCGGGGAUGAUGGUGUUGCCAUAAAAAGCGGUUGGGAUCAGUACGGCAUCACUUAUGGGCGUCCUUCGACGAACAUAACCAUUCGGAACCUUGUCAUUCGUUCCAUGGUCAGCGCUGGUGUAUCAAUAGGCAGUGAGAUGUCGGGUGGCGUGUCGAACAUCACCAUUGAGAACGUCCAUGUGUGGAGCUCAAGGCGUGGCGUACGGAUCAAAACAGCUCCCGGGAGAGGAGGAUACAUCAGGAACAUAUCAUACAGGAACCUGACAUUUGACAACGUUCGUGUGGGGGUUGUGAUCAAGACAGAUUACAACGAACAUCCGGACGAGGAGUUCGACAGGGAUGCGGCUCCGGUGGUAGAGGGCAUAAGCUACACUUCGGUGCAUGGCGAAGGGGUGCGCGUGCCGGUUCGUAUCCACGGAAGCAAGGAGAUCCCUCUAAGAAAUGUGAGCUUCAGGGACAUGUCGGUAGGAAUAACCUACAAAAAGAAGCACAUAUUUCAGUGCUCGUUUGUGCAAGGACGUGUUGUAGGAACAGUGUUUCCUGCUCCUUGUGACAACCUGGAUGUGUAUGACGAGGGAGGCCACCUGAUUAGACGAUCGCCCUCCCAGAAUGUAUCAGAUAUUGAUUAUGAUUUCUAAGAAUUGUUUCAUGUUUCUGCCCAA